AUUUAUCCUUUAAUAUUAAUUUAUGAUGGAAAUUGAGGAUUGGGAAAAAAGAUCAGAAAAUACACCAUUAAAAGUACAUAUGAUUGGUAUAAUUAUAAUGAAAUUAAAAAGCUGGUUGUUUAGCUGGGUUGAUAGAACAUGUAUCAAUGUUACCUUUAGAUAAUGUGAAAGUAUAGUGUAUAGCUAUGAAAUAUAGACUCAUCUUUAAGUACUUCCAGAUUCAAAGUUCUCAUAAACAGUUUCUUCUUUGAAGUAAAUAGUAGAUUAAAUUUUAGGAAACAAGGAUUUAAAACAUUUUUUAAUGGAUAUGGAGCAGUGACAGCAGGUUGUAUGCCAGCUCAUGCAUUUUAUUUUAGUAGUUAUGAAGUAAAAUAAAUUGAAAUAUUAAAGAUUAUGAAAACUCUAUUAGAUGUUAAUGAUGAAAAUAUCCAUGCUUAAGCUUUUGCUUUUAUUGGUGCUGUAUCAACUUUAUGGCAUGAUCUUAUUAUGGUUCCAUUUGAUGGUAUAAAUAUUAUAUUAAUAUAGUUAUAAAAUAAAGAUAGUAAAUUUUAGAAAAGGGUUUUAAAAGAACAGUGAAAACAGUCUUAAAAUAAGAAGGAUUGAUUGCAUUUUAUCGAAGCUUUCCAAUUACUUACGUAUUAUAUAAUUAAUUAAAUUUAGUUAAUGUCUGCUCCAUAUUAAGCCAUAUUUUUUGCAGCAAAUGAAACUCUUAAAACAUUAAUGUUUAAAAAAUCAGAACAUAAUUUUUUAAGUCAUUUUUGUUGUGCUGCUUUGGCUGGAUGUGCUGCUGUAUGUGUUAUGAAUCCUUUAGAUGUUGUUAAAACUAAAUUAUAAACUUAGAGUUGGCAUCUAAACUCUUCUUAAAUCAAAUAUAAUAGCUUUUUAGGAACUAUUAAAACAAUUAUGAAAGAAGAAGGAUAUCUCGGUUUCUAUAAAGGAUUAUUACCUAGAUUAUGUAUGUAAACUAUGUCUGGUGCUACAGCUUGGGCAAGUUAUGAAUUUAUUAAAAGACAAUUACUUCCUUCUUCAGUUGUAAAUUGA